AUGGGUGACAUGGCACGUCUUCUGCUUUUGCUGUGGGCUGGUGUCUUAGUGAGCAGAGCUGUGGAUCUGCAGAAGAGAAUCAUUGGAGGUGGUAAUUGUAGAAAGGAUGACCGUGGCUACCAUGUGUUUGUAAAAGGAUACGAUGGGACUGAUGACUUCAUGUGUGGAGGCUCUCUGAUCAGUGAUCAGUGGAUUCUGACUGCAUCACACUGCUUGCAGGCGUUUGUAACUGUUUAUCUAGAUGUGCAUCCAGGUCAACUAGUUCUAAAGAAUGGAAUACCAAUCCAAUCCGUAACCCAAGUGAAGAUCUACAAUGACAGUAAUGGGUACCAUGAUAUCAUGCUGGUGAAGCUACCUAACCGCACUAACAUUCGACCCAUAAAACUUCCCAGCGACAGUGAAUGUCGUGCCAGUCGAAAAAAAGUGCAGAUUGCAGGAUAUGGAGCCACGACAAUGGGUCCUAAUAAUGAAAGAGGAAAUGAUACACCAACUACACUCCAGUGUGCAGACAUCCCAGUUGUCAACUGUGCAGGCUUAAAUACCCAUAUGCAAAACAAAUAUCCAGCGGUCUAUCAGAACAAGCUCUAUCAACACUGGUUCUGUGGUCACUCCAGUACAACAUGUACAUCUGGAGGUGACUCCGGUGGAGGAGUGGUGCACAACUGCAGGAUUUACGGAGUCAUUUCCUUCCAUGGUAACCACACACAUGCCUGUGUUGAACCAGCUGGAUUUAUGGAUGUCUGCAACCCUGACUACAAGAAAUGGAUCAAAGAUACUUGCAAUAACAUCAAGAAACUAGGUGUUUCUGUUGGUCUGGUGAUGAUCCACAUGCAGAUCAAGAAUCCUAAGCCUAGGCUGAAAGGUGUGCGAGGGCGGAUAUCAAAAUUCAGAGGAGGAAAUGAUCAGUUAGCAGAAGGGGGUGUAGUGACAGAGUGA